GCUAUGUGUGUUCACGCCCCUCUGAAUGCUAAAUAAUAUGAGAACUUAGCCGAAUUUGCAGUCGGUGGAGUGGCGAACGCCACUUUACCCCUGCUUCAUCGAUUUUGAAAAAGCAUUUGACACUCUAAAACACGACGCAAUUUGGAGAGCCCUUGUUGACAGAGGUAUAUCCUGGGGUUUGAAUGGCCGGUUAGAAGUCCUGGAUUAUGCUGACGACAUAUGGAUAGGAAACAUGGAAUCUAACAUCAUGUGCCCUACAAACAUGGCAAUCGUUUUUUAAUCGCUGUCUCUUCAAGAUUAUGCGGAUAUUCUAGCCCAAUAUCACAAGCAAUGCUUAUCUCUGAGCUUUGACGAAGCAAAUACCCUUAAACAUCGAAAUCUGUCGCCGUAAAUGGAGAUGGAUCGGGCACACGUUGCGUAAGCCCAAUAAUGACAUCACAAAAACAGCAUUAGAGUGGAAUCCUCAAGGGAGUCGCAGACGAGGAAGAUCAGUUAUGAUACAAUGAGGCGGCAAGUUGAAACAGAAGCGAAAAAAUCAGGCCAUUCCUGGAGACAAAUCAAAUUUCUAGCUUUAAAUAAACCGAAUUACAAAUUGCGUAUUGAGGCCCUGUGUAUCAUAGAUUCUGAAUUUUUAACGUGUUUGCUAAAUCUUUCAUGACAUUUAUUUCGUUAUUUUUGUAAAAAUAUUAAAUUUGUGUUUUAUCUUAACCUAGCAAAUGUGAAACGAAUUAUUGAACUUUUAGGGACAUGCGCAAUAGAUUGCGUGGUAAUAGAAAAGUUUUGAAAAAUCAAUACUAGUGUAAUAAUGCAUGUAAACAUCAUAAUGUUUGUAUCUAGUUAUUAAGCAAUAGAAAUGUUUUCAAAUAGUGGCAUAGAGUAUCUUUAUUUAUUUAUAAACAAUAAACGGACAGAAGUUAUAAGGAUAUUCUGAAAUGGACUCAAGUCAUCAGAUCAACGUCCCUCUUCGAUCAGGAGGCAAAAAAAUACGAAAGCGGCGGGAACUUGACGCUCUCAUUGCCCACUCUUUUGGAAAAAAUAGAUCCAUUCGACGAACUACUUUAAACAAUCACUCACAGGACAAGUUACUAUCCGCGUCCACUGAUGACGCGGAUGAUUAUACUUGGGUACAAAUGAACAGACCAAAAAAUAAUGAUACUAUCUGCACAAACCGUUGUCACAAUCGUAAAUAUAUGCUUUGCAAACUUUUGCUGGUGCUCAUUGCAAUUGCAGUAAUAAUAGGACUUAUUUACUGGAUGUACUUGGAUUUACGGCAGGAGAUGUAUAGUUAUAGGCAAAAAAUUGAAGAAGUUGCCGUUAUGAACAAGGACUUACCCGAAAUUCUUCAGAAAUGGCAUGAAGUAUCCACUUUACUGAGAAAUAAUCAAACUACAACCAUUAUCCGGCUGAAUGAAUUAGAACGGAUAACAGAAAAAUUAAGGAUGAAUUUUACCACAUAUAAAAGCACAUUAGAUGGUCAAAACAAUUUUGCGAAAGAAGAGAAAAUCGUUGCUGCAUUUGGAGCAAAAAUCGAAGCAGUAAUAACUGAUAUGGAAAGUUUUAAAGACUAUUAUUCGGGAGUUGUUAAUAAGCAAAUAGAAAUGCAAACUAAUUUAAAUGAUCUCAGUGCUAAGAUAUUGGAUGCUCAAGAGAGAGAUGUGAAAUCUAGCGAAGCCUCAAAAAACUUUUCUAAAGAAAUUUCUGUUAUAAAACUGUACCUGCGGAAUGAUUCCACCAGAGUUCAAGAUUCAUGGAAUGAAUUAAGUCAAAAUAUCUCACUUAAAUUGACUACUCUUCAUCAAAACGUUCAACGUAAUGAGUUACAGAUUGCGGAACUUAUGAGACAUAUGGAAAAUAUAUCAAUGCAUAUCGCUUUGGUGGAAAACUAUUGGAGAAAUAACAACAUUAAAAUUAAAGACUGUCAAGGCCUUACUCAUAACAUUGAAUGUAGUGUUACAAAUGAAAAAAACGGUUCUAAGAUUUUGGAACAAUCUAUUACAACCAAUUGCAACCGUUGCACUCAGAUUAAUACGUUACAGGAAAACUCUGAUGAAGAAUACAAGCAAAAUUCAACAAUAAGCCAAAAAACUAAAAACGUGAUAGAAAUACAUUAAGAAUUACUAGAGUAGUACUCUUACAAAUUUUAAUAUUUACUUUAAUUAAAUGAAUAUUAAGUUACCAUCGGAAUUAAACCUUCUGACAUUUUUUGCUGUUUUUAUUUUUUAAUUUAUCCUUAUGUCACAUUAUAAUUCCUAUAUAUU